AUGUUCCGUGCUGCGAUAGUUCUGUGCUGCAUAGGGCUCGCCCUGGCCCUGCCUCCUGUGUCCAGGAGCAGGGAGGAUAUCGAAGCCUUCAGGAGCUUCUUGGAGAACUCUAGGACCAAUGAUGGGUCCUACCUCACCCGCGCCCGCUUCAACCCCCGCGCCAACGCUGAGGAGAUCAGUGGCAAAUACCAGGGCGACAUCCUGCUGGACGACUGGCAGGUGGAGGCCAUGAUGCAGCAGUACGCCACCGGCCGCAACGCCUACAUCUGGCCCAACACCAAGUGGCCCAACAACACCGUGGUCUGGGAGUUCGGAGAGGGAGAGUUCGGUCCCCUGCAGCAGGCCGCUAUUGAGGAAGGUAUCGCUGACAUCGAGCGUCAGACCUGCGUCAGGUUCCGUAAACGUGAGGGGGACGAGCCCGUCUACGUGCGCCUUACUGGAGAACCUAGCGGCUGCUAUGCUCACGUCGGCUACUGGCAGUCCCGUGGUGUCCACACCCUGAACCUCGCUCGCAACUACCCCGGCGUCGGCUGCUUCCGCCACGCCACCAUCGUCCACGAGUUUAAGCACAUCCUCGGCUUCCUCCACAUGCAGUCCACCCACAACCGUGACGACUACGUCCGCAUUGUUACGGAGAACCUCAUAUCUGGUACCGAACACAACUUUGACAUCUAUGGCCCAGACCUAGUUGACAACCUCGGCGUGGAGUACGACUACGUCAGUUGCAUGCACUACGGGCCUUAUUCCUUCACCGCCAACGGCGAGAUGACCAUUGUUGCCCUGCGGGAGCAUGAGGGAAUCAUGGGACAGCGUGAUUACAUAACUGACAAGGACUGGCUCCGCAUCAACAGACACUACAACUGCCCCGGAGCUUGGGACGAGAAAGAGGAGAGCGAGGAGAAGAGCGAGGAGAAGAGCGAGGAAAAGAGCGAGGAAAAGAGCGAGGAAAAGAGCGAGGAAAAGAGCGAGGAAAAGAGCGAGGAAAAGAGCGAGGAAAAGAGCGAGGAAAAGAGCGAGGAAAAGAGCGAGGAAAAGAGCGAGGAAAAGAGCGAGGAAAAGACUGAGGAGAAGAGCGAGGAAAAGAGCGAGGAAAAGAGCGAGGAAAAGAGCGAGGAAAAGAGCGAGGAAAAGAGCGAGGAAAAGAGCGAGGAAAAGAGCGAGGAAAAGAGCGAGGAAAAGAGCGAGGAAAAGAGCGAGGAAAAGAGCGAGGAAAAGAGCGAGGAAAAGAGCGAGGAAAAGAGCGAGGAAAAGAGUGAGGAGAAGAGUGAAAGCGAGGAGAACAAGAGUGAAAGCGAGGAGAACAAGAGUGAGAGCGAGGAGAACAAGAGCGAGAAUACCGAAGAAGAAAACGAAGACUAA